CAGAAGAUUCUGGAGCUAAAGCUAUCAGGGUUUUGAGGCGAUCGGUCGAUCGACUGCGCUGUGAAAUUUCCGGAUUCGCGAGAGUAGUGUAGCGAGAUUCGAGCUUCUAGGAUCAAGAAAGGGGGAAAAUCCUUGCUAGCGACUAGGAAUCGAUGGGGAUAGAUUACUACAGCGUGCUCAAGGUGGACAAGAAUGCCACCGAGGAUGAUCUCAAGAAGGCCUACCGCAAGCUCGCCAUGAAGUGGCAUCCCGAUAAGAAUCCCAACAACAAGAAGGAGGCCGAGGCCAAAUUCAAGCAAAUCUCGGAAGCGUAUGAGGUGCUGAGCGAUCCCCAAAAGAGGACGAUCUAUGACCAGUAUGGCGAGGAGGGUCUCAAGGGCCAAGUUCCUCCUCCCGGCGCCACGGGAGGGACGAAUUUCGCGAAUGGCGCCGGGCCCAACGUGUUCGUGUUCAAUCCUAGGAACGCCGAGGACAUCUUUGCCGAGUUCUUCGGUGGAUCCAGCCCGUUUGGGAUGGGAGGUUUUGGGAGGAGCGCUAGCCGGUCGCCCUUUGGCGAUGGAAUGUUUGGGGGCUUUGGUGGAACCGAGAACGUUUUCAGAUCCUUCGGCCAGGAUGGUGGAUCUCUGUCGACCGGUCCGAGGAAAGCUCCGGCGGUGGAGAACAAGCUCCCGUGCAGUCUCGAGGAGCUCUACACUGGCUCCACCAGGAAGAUGAAGAUCUCUCGCAACAUCGCCGAUCCCAGCGGGAAGACAAUGCCUGUGGAGGAGUUUCUUACUAUCGACGUGAAGCCGGGGUGGAAGAAAGGCACCAAGAUCACUUUUCCAGAGAAGGGAAACGAGCAGCCAAACUUGAUACCGGCGGACAUCGUCUUCGUGAUCGACGAGAAGCCACACGACGUUUUCAAGCGCGACGGCAACGACUUGGUGAUGACACAGAAGGUGUCCCUGGCCGACGCUCUAACAGGAACGACGAUCACAGUGAACACUCUCGACGGAAGAACGCUCACGAUUCCCAUCAACGACAUCAUCUCUCCCGGCUACGAGAAGAUUGUUCCACGGGAAGGCAUGCCGAUCGCCAAGGAGCCAGGCAGGAAAGGAGACCUCAAGAUCAAAUUCGACGUCAAGUUUCCCACGCGACUCACUCCAGAGCAAAAGGCCGCCGUGAAGAGAUACUUGACCACUGCGUGAAGAAGAGUUCCUGGCGAGCUCCAGCGGCAGUGGCAUCGUAAUUUUGUAAGUGUAAAGACGUCCUAAGAAGUACGUAAGUCUGUUCUUCGUUAAAAAAAUUCCUUUGCUCGGUAAAUUCAACUCUUUACUCGCA